AUGGGACUGCACACGCGCUCUCCCGAAUUCGCCGACAAACUGUCCCAACUCCGCCUCAAAAUCGCCCCCAUAGUGCACCUAGAGACCGGUCUCCCACCGCCCGAAUUCCCCUCUAACCUCCUCUCCCUCUUCCUCCUCACCGAAUCCGACCUAGACAGCAUGGCACAUUACUACUCCCAAGUCACUCCCGACAGACUCACAUAUGCAUAUCCCCAGACCAUGGACUGGAAUCGUCCGAUAUUAGAACGGCCGCGGCCUGGGGAGCCGCCAGAGUGUAGGUUGAGCGAUUACGAGAGACUGAGAGUGAAGAUGCGCAUGUUUGCGAAGUUUAUUGGGAUGAAGGGGGCGGAGACGCCGAGGUGGGAGAUGGAGAGGCAGAUGGAGUUGUGGGGCAGGCAGAUGGAGGACUGGGUGAGGAGGGAGAAAGAGGAGGAAGAGGUGGGGUUGGAGGAUGUGAGGGGUUUGGAGUGCGUGGAAAGGGAGGAGAAUAGAGAUCAUGGGCUCGGAUUCGAUUAG